AUGAGUUCGUGGCGGAGGGUUGCAGGUCGACCGCAUGGAGUGCCCAAGCCGGGACCUACCUUUGGUGCAAAGCCUGCCGUCGCAUCUUCUCAGAAUGGCAGCUCCGUGCUCAUCUUCCACAGCGAUCGCACCCGCUUCUUCCGCCUCCUGUCUUUCACAGCUAUCGUUCAGUCCAUCUUCUGGAUAUCCGCAGCAUCCCUUGCACCAGAUGUUCGCGAGCACACCGAUGAUGGCAGUGGCGAGAAGAUGGCCUUCUACAAACGAUAUGGGCUCACGGUUGCCUGCUUGUUUAUGGCAACCAUCUUUGGCGGCAUGGGCGUUAUGAUCCCUCGCAGAUAUGUGACGCAGCUGGUGUUGAAAAAGCGACAGGCCGCCCCCGUGUUGCAGAUGGAGACAUACACCAUGUUUGGCCGGCGCAAGUUCGAGGUGCCGGCGAAUGCGGUUGACUUUUCGACGGCGCGCACGAGCGCCAUUGGCAAGGACAUGCUCCCCUUCCGUAUUCAACAGCACAGGUUCUUCUACCUGCUCGAUACGCGUGUCGGCGAGGUGAAGAACCACCAGCUGCUGAGGCAGAUCAUGCGCGCGUGA